AUGGCUUCAACGCAGUACGCACCACAGUCGCAGUACGCACCGCCUGAUGGCUUCGAAGGCUACGUGCCAUACGCGCAACAAGCUCCUCAAGAAAUCCCAUUCAACGCAAAAUGGCACCGAGCAAAGAUUGUCAUUCGCGGCUUCAAUAUUGCGUUCAGCGCCAUCGUCCUCGGCAUCUCGCUCUCUCUCAUAUUUUACUCAUUCUCAAGUUCAUUCUAUCUUGUAUUCAGUGGAUUCCCCGCAGCCGCUCUUGUGUGUUGGGAAACCUCUGAACUCAUCACCAUCUGCGCGAGAGGCGGGAGGCGUGGAAUCCACCCCGGUGCUCACGUCGGAAUGCACUUGCUCUUCUGGCUCGUCUUCAUGGUGGCCACUGGAUGGGAGAUUGCAAACAUCAUCCUCCGCGAUGGUCCGCGGUCGUGGGUGUUGAGUGGUGGCCAGGUCACCUCUAUGCAGGAUGCUGUAAUGGCGUUCACUGCCCUCUUGUUUAUCGACAAUUUCACCCUCUUCGUCCGCGCCUGUAUUGAAUGCAAGCAGCGCAAUGCUCGCCCUCCUCCCGUUUAUAUGGUGCCUAUCAACGGGCCGCCGCCGAUGCAGCCUGCAGGUUCAUACCAGCCCUACCCGUACUCGCCGCAGCAAUCUUCUUUUCAACCGCAGCAUGACAAAGGGCAAAUGUCAGGAGCCAAUGUUGAUACAACUGAGAGGAUAGCCGAAACCGGCCCAGACGGGACGUACUACGGUCCCGGAAGCCGAGCUUGA